UUCAAACAACCACCCCACCAAACACUAUCAAACAUGCCCCGUGACGGAUCUGGAGCUGGCGACAACGCCAUUGAGGCUGGCCACAACAUCACCCACGGUGAUGCUGGCGGUGCCGCAUCCACCGGUGUCGACCGCAGCAACAAGGCUGCCCCCAUGCCCGAAAUCGAGAAGGGUGACAGCAUCGAGGGCAUGAACGCCUCCGGCGGCGGUCUCUCUGGUGCCACCCUCACCUCGACUGGCCAGGGCGGUAACAAGGAGCCCUUCGUCGAGAAGGAGGCCGAGAAGCACGCAUAAGCUACUCGCUUUCGACACAAAUCUCGAAACACGACCUGAAGACCGAAAUACCAUUGCCAUCCUACGUCAAUGUUGGCUUGGAGGAAUUCAUGUUUACGACCAACGCUUGGAGAAAUCUAGCUGUGGAACACGGGGCCUGGCAAGAGCCAUGAUCCUUUGAGGAAGGAAUGCUGCUGUGAAGGUGGCUACCUUAUGUAAUCGAGAUACGACUUUAACGAAGGACUUCAAACCAC